AGUGUUGUUAUCGUUGUUGUUGUUGAUCUGAUUGUUUGGCCCAAAUUCAAUUUUCAUCAUCAGUGUGUUUUUUAUGCAUUCAAAUGUGUGUGCGUGUGUGUAUGUGAAAAAUCAUCAUCAUGAUCAUCGAUUCACAACAUCAUCAUCAUCAUCAUCAAUUUAUUUAUUUGUGUUUUGUGCGUGGGUGUUGUUGACCGAUUUUUUUUCGCUUUUCAUUUGUAUUUUAUGUGUGAUUGAAUUUGUAUUUUUUAUCCGAUAAUCAGAGAAAUAAUGUCCGAAAUGUCCCAGAAUCAAAUCAGUAUUGUUGAUGAAUCAAAUGAUGAUGAUGAUUGUAUUCAUCAUCAGUCGAUUAUUAGCAAUCAGUUUCAGAUUUGCGAGGAAAUUCUACAAAAAACCAACCAUGAUGACGAUGACCAGCGAUCAUCAUCAUUGAUUGACCCUAGUCUUAUUUAUUUUUCUACCAAUAAUAAUCAUCAUCGAUCAGCCAUGUCUUUUGCUGCUGCUGAUACAACCAAUGAAUAUUGGACAAAAUGUUUAAACCAAUGUGAUGAUAUAAAUCAACCAUAUUAUCAUCAUCAUCGUUUCAAGAUGAGAUCAUCAUUUUCAUCAAAUUUUUUGUAUUAUUAUUUAGCAUCAAUCAUUUUCAUCAUAAUGACCACUACCAGCACAAGACUUAAAGUCGAAGCCCAAAUUACUCAUCAUCAAUAUUUUAAAAUAACACCACAAACCGAAGUAAAUGUGAUUGAAGGUAGUACAGUGGUACUACAAUGUGUUGUUGGCAAUCAACGUGGUCCAGUGCAAUGGGCCAAAGAUGGUUUCGUUCUGGGUUAUGAUCGUAAUAUACCAGGUUUUCCACGUUAUUCAAUGGUUGGUGAUGCUAGCCUUGGUAUACAUAAUUUACGUAUCAUGGAUGCACGUAAUGAAGAUAAUGGUGAAUUUCAAUGUCAGGUUGGUCCAGGCGGCAAAAACUAUGCUCCAAUACGAGCUACCUCAAAAGUUACCGUACUAAUACCACCAACUUCGAUUGAAAUUGUUACGCCAUUAAAAGGUAAAAGUUUAACGAAAAAUUCAUCAAAUGUUGAACUGCGGGAAGGCGGUAGUGUAACCAUUGAAUGUUUGGUUACGGGUGGUAAGCCACCAGCUCAAAUUAAAUGGUUCCGUAAAAAUGUCGAGCUUCGUCCAGAAAUGGGCACCAAUCCUGAAACAACAACCGUGACGACUACAUUGGUGGAUUCCAAUAGUAUACAGGAAAUCGAAUCGGUUGUUUAUACAAGUAAAUCAAAAAUAACCGUAUCCGGUAAUGCAGAAGAUAACGGAGUACCAUAUAAAUGUGAAGCCGUCCAUCCAGCCUUAACUAAUAGCCGUCCAAUGCGUCGUACAAUAUCAUUAUCUGUACUAUAUCCACCGGGUGAGCCAGAAAUCACUGGCUAUACCGAGGGCCAAAAUCUUAAAGUUGGUGAUACAUUAAAAUUGGAUUGCCGUGCACGUGGUGGUAAUCCAUUAGCACAAUUAGUUUGGUUCCGUAAUGAUGAACAGAUUGAUUUUUCCUAUACAACUGUUGCUGAAAAAUAUUCUGUGAAUGUAAUGCAAUUCAAUGUUGAAGCGCGUGAUAAUAAUGCCGUCUAUCGUUGUGUGUCAUCAUCACCAAUUAUGGAACGUUCCAUUAGUAAAGAAAUUAAAUUACAAGUUUAUUUUGGUCCUUCGAAACUGUCAAUUACAUCCGUGAAAGAUGUUAAAGCCGGUGAUGUUGUAUCCGUCAGUUGUCGCACUGAACCAUCGAAUCCUGCUGCACAAAUCAGUUGGGUAGUGGAUGGCCGUCCAAUUAUUCACAAUAGUACUGUUGAAUCGGCUAAAGGUGGUGGAUUUAUAACUACGGCCAACAUAACAAUCACAAUCACCAAUCAGGACCGUAAUAUGAAAAUGUUGUCCUGUUAUGCAGUUAAUGAUAAAAUCAGCGAAACGAUCGUUGAAUCUUCCGUAUUGAAUGUAUUAUAUCCACCCGAAUCGAUUCAUAUAUUUGGUUAUGAUGAACAGAAAGCAUUACAAUAUGAAACUGUACAGCGUUUAACCUGUACAUGUAAUGGUGGUAAUCCAAUUUGUACACCUAAAUGGUUUAAAGCAGAUAAAGAAUUGAAUGAAGGAACACAAAUCUCUGUCAAUGGUAAUACCGUUACUAAUGAGCUUGUAUUCCGUGUUGAUCCAAGUGAUAAUGGUGCCAUGUAUAAAUGUAUGGGUGAAAAUUCUGCAUCACUUACACCGAUCAAAGCUAUAACAACAUUGACCGUUCAUUUUCCACCAAAUAAAGUGUCAAUAAAGUUGACGCCUAAACAACCGAUUGCCGGUACACAAUUGGAAAUCUUAUGUGAAACGGGCAGUUCAAACCCACAAUCAAUGAUUACAUGGUGGCGUGAUGGUUUCAUGUUAACCGGUCACCAAGAUGGUAUACAUGAUGGUCUUUUUGGUGGUAAAAUCACUAGGAAUAUUCUACGUUUAAAUGUUAGUAGUCAAGAUGAUGGAACUGUCAUUACAUGUCAAGCCAAAAACCAAGUACUUCAACAAAGUGUUCACGAUGCAACUACGCUGAAUAUUCAAUAUCCACCGGAAUUCCUGAAUCCACCAUUGACACAAUUCGAUGUGAUAGAAGGUCAAUCUGAAUCAUUCAAUCAAACAGCACGCGGUAAUCCAUCAGCUAUAACAUAUAAAUGGAAACGUGAAGAUGAUAGUGAAAUUAGUGAUAAUACUGGUCAUCGUAUCGUAUCCGAUGGUCCUAUCCUUAAUAUGACGAAUGCACAAAAAUCUGAUAGUGGUAUCUAUAAAAUAUAUGCAACAAAUGAUCUUGCUACAAGUGAAUCAUCCAUACGUGUUAAUAUUCAAUAUCCGGCAAUAAUCAAAAAGACAACCGAAAUGGUUUUGGUUGAUGAAUACCAUAAUGCACAUUUAGAAUGUUUUAUCGAUGCCAAUCCAAUCAAUGAACAUGUUAUACAAUGGAUUCGUCGUAAAAAUGAUUCAGAUUAUGGUUCGUCAUCAAUCAAUGUUCAUCAUCAUCACAAUGUGCCUUUAUUAACAUCCUCAUCAUCAUCAUCAUCGUUUGAUGACAUUGCUUCCUCAUCAACAAAUCGUAUGCAUUCUGAAGUGGAAUUAUUAUCCGAAGAAUCACAGCCAUUCGCUGAUGGUGCAAAAUUGAAAAGUUCAUUAUUAAUAAUCAAUGCUACAUUACGUGAUUCUGGAUCAAUAUUUGAAUGUUUGGCCAAUAAUGGUAUUGGUAAAGAGGUUAAAUCGUCCAUUAUAUUGCUCGUACUUCAUAAACCCAUAAUCGAUCGAUCACCAUCAAUUUCGAAAUCAGCUUCAGAAUCAGGCUCAUCAGCGAAACUUAUAUGUCGUGCACAAGGUACGCCCAAUGUAACAUUUACCUGGAAGCGUGAAGGUUCCGUUUUGGAAUCAUAUGAUUCAUCAUCGGACUCGUCAUCUUCAUCAUCAAAUUAUCGUUCAUCAUCCAAAUCAUCAUCUAAAUCAAGUGUUGAGAAACCCGCAACAAAAUAUGUGAUUGAAGAGACGAAAAAAUUGGAUCUAAUUAGCUAUCAGAGUGUUCUUAUCAUAAAUGAUGUUACAAGCAAUGAUUAUGGUCCAUAUGAAUGUAUUGCUCGCAAUGAUCUUGGUUUCGAUGCUAUGGCCAUUGCAUUGAAUCGUACAUCAAGGCCAGAUUCACCACGUUCAUUGCGUGUGGUGAAUGUAACAUCUGGUUCGGUUAUGUUACGUUGGAUGCCCGGUUUUGAUGGUGGUUUACCGCAAACAUUUCGCAUUCGUUAUCGGCCAUUAGAUUCAUCAUCGACUGGUGGACAAAAUAUGGAUGAUAUUACCACCACUGGAUAUAUGUAUCGUGAUGUUUAUCCACCAAAUGCAACUACAAUAAUUGUUGGCGGUCUGCGAGAUAAUACUGAAUACAUUUUUAGUGUUAUGGCUACAAAUGAAAAAGGUGAUAGUGAUUACAGUGCCGACAUUGUUAAAGCUUCAACCCUUAAAGAAAGUGGAAUAACCGAAACUGAAAAGAUUAUAUCGAAAGUUUUGGCCGAAACUGGUUUUGAUAUACCACGAUUAUUCGUUAUCAUUUGUGUCGUAUGUUUUGCAUUGUUGUUGUUCAAUUUUGUUGUCGUUUUCUAUUUACGAGCACGAAAAAGACGCAAACGUUAUGAAGAAGAGAGUGAUGGAUAUUCUGGUGGUACCGAUAGUAAAACGACUACAAGUAGUAAAACGACAAUAGAACUUUAUGAUUCCAAUGGUACAAAUGGUACAAUAAAACCAUCGACAAUAUCGAACUUAAAUCAUCAUCAUCAUCACCAUCAUCAUCUAAAUAAUAAUCAUAUUGGCCAUUCACAUAUGAAUGGUGUUAAGAAUGGCAAUGGUAUCAUAACAGAAACAUCAUUGAGUGGCGGUGGUUCACCAGCACCCGGCGAAGAUGAAUUGAUAAGCCAAAAAAGUGAUGAUCGUUUUUCUGGACAAACCGAAUAUGAAAUGGAGAUUUCUGCCAAUUCCAUUAUGGCAUUGGAUGAUCCGAAUUUCGGUGCAAAUUUAUUGCAGCCACAUCCUCAUCAUCUUCAUUUAUCUGGUGCUGGUAUUCAUAUUACCGGCAAUGGCCCUUUAGGAGGUGGAGGUAUGAGCACCUAUUUGAUUGACGACCCUAAUCAUAACCCGAUGAUGAUGAAUUUGAAUGAUGAAUCAAAUAAUGGCGCAAUUAAUACGAAUUUUCACCAUCAACAACAACAACAGCAACAUCAUUUAAUCAAUUCAAAUAGCAAUACUUUGCCACCAUCAAGACCGCCAUCAAUACCUGUACAUUAUUCGACAAAUUUACGUUAUUCAUCACUAGGUUCAGAUAUUGCUCCAGCAGCAUUCUAUAAUGCAAUUGCAGCCGAAGAAGAUUACCUUAAUGCACUACAACAACAUCAUCAAGCUGUACAGGCUGCAAUGGCUGUCAAUACUCAUCAUCAUGCCAAUAAUAAUGGCACAGCAACAUUAAUUACCGCUAAUGGUCCAAUUGGUACGAUACAAACAUCACAAGGACCAAUGCAAAUUCAAUUGAAUAGUAGUGAUCUCACUGCUGGUUAUGGUACUAUUGGUGGUGGUCAUCCACAUCAUAUUGAUCAUACAAUGGCCAAUACUGCCACCACCACAUAUCAUCUAGUGGGACCUGAUGGAACGCUCAUUUCGUCAUCGAAUUCUCCACCAUCAUCAACAACGGUAAUAUCGCCAUCAAAUGGCCCGAUUGGUGCUGGUGGUGGUGGUGGCCUCAUUCCACCACUUCCGCCAUUACGAAGUAUAAUGCCACAGGGACCAUCAUCAACAUCAUCAGUAUCAACAUUGCAACAACAACAACAACAACCACCACCACUGCCAUCAUCAUCAUCAAUAGCAGCAACGGCUACGAGUGGUGGAUCGAUGACCACAUUUUUGCCGGCCAUUACCGAAGAGCCACCAAUCACUCCUAUUGGCCAUCUUGUCUAAAAUAAAAUCUGUUCAUGUGAUAUAUGUGUGUGUGUGUGUGUGUGUUUUAUUCCCAUUACGGGUUAUAAAAUAACUAAGGAAUACAAACCCAAAAAUUUGGAAUUGCAAUUACCGAUAGGCCAUUACCGCUAUGAUCGCUAUGAACGUAAUCGACGAACAACAUUUGAUCACAUGCACAAUAUACAGUUGCAGAAUUUCCAUCAAGUAAAGUAAAUUAAGAGAAAAGAGAAAACUUGGAAAAAAUAUUUCGGGCGCCAAGUUUGACACCAACAGCCAACCAACAUAACCAACGAAUCGCUUCAUUUCUCGCUUCUCAAUUUCCUCGGAAGCAUACAUUCAAAAGAUUUUUGAAAAAAAAAAAAAGUUGAUUUUGAUCCACUUACACAUUAUUAACUCUUUAAAGAAAGUCUACAAUCAAUCAAUUUUCUUGCCGCCGCCAUCGGUUUGGUCGAUUCAAAUAUUAUUUCUUUGCGCUUUGUAAAACUUUAAGUUGGCUUUAUUUAUUCGUCAUGGAAAGCAAGAAGAAAAGACUCCCACCACCAAGUGUUAUUACCCCAUCAUCCGCCCACUUAUUUAGAUAUUUUUUCGAACGAAUUUUCCUGAAAAUGCACUUGGUGGAAUGGCAAUGUCACAGCAAUUGAAAUUUUAAAAAUUUUCACAUUCCAUUCAUACAAUUUUACAACAUUGUACAUGCAUGAAAAUUGAUUGGAAUGAUUGAAAAGAAUUUUUUAUUUUUUCAAAUCCAUUUCAUGUGCCUUAUUCACAACAACGACAAACCUACUCACUUACUAUCUCUCUGAGGAUUCAUUUCAAAUCACACGACAUUACAUAGAUGACGCCCGAAAAAGAGAUUUUAAUUUUUUUCGUUUGUUUGUUUUUCGUUCGUUCCACAGAAUUGCCAUCCCAUUUCCUUGUUGUUUUUUAUCUUGUUUUUUUUCUUUUAUUUCUGAACGGAACGAAUUGUUGCAAACUGUCUAUACAAACAAAUACUUUGUCCACCAAAAAUUAAUGAGACUAGUCAAUAAUAGAAAAGAUACGACGACGAUUUCCAUCUUUCAGAAUUGACAUGAAUAUUCGUUUUUGUCAUUUUUUUUAUUUUAUCCAUUACAUUUUUUGAUAUUCAAAUUUCCACCCACCCACACACACACACACACACACAUACACAUUACAUCUUUUCUUUGAUCCAUCAGUUUUUUAUUUCUAUGGCCAAUAUUAAUUUUUAUGUGCCUCAUUCAUUUGCAUAAAAUCAUCAAAACAAAAAAUGUGACUACCACUCUACUACUGUUAGUUUGUACAUAUAUUACCAAUGUCACACACACACACACACACUAACAAUAAACAUUAUCCCACCGAUUCAUCAAUCAGCAAUCAAAUUAUGAAAAAACCUGAGAAAUCUGAAAACAAAUCUCAAUGGCCUUUUUUCAUUUUCUCAUUUUGAUUUCAAGAUUUUCAUUCUUGCAAUCUUUAUUCCAUUUUUUAGUACAAUGAAAAUUCAUCAGUCUCUAUGCUUCAGACACCGACAAUAUUGAAAUAAUGAAAUGAAUCGAUUCGAACCAACCAACAAAUCUCAAAUAUUAUCAUCUCCCAACAGUUGAAAACAACAACAGUCAAAUUGGUCAAUCAUCCGGAUUGAUUCGAAAUUAUUGUUUUAUCUUUACAAUAGAGCCAUUUUAUAUAUUUUUAUGAUGAAUUCAAUUCGACUCACUACUGAUUGAUUCAUUUGUGUAUAAUAUUUGUAAAUAUUCAUCAUGUUUCCUAUAUGUUGCCAAUCUUGUAAUGGAUUGAAUAUAAAAAAAAAUUGAUUUAUCAAUAAAAUAAAAUAAUUUUUUUCAAAA